AUGAGGCAUGCCGCCGCUACGUUGCAGACGAGAUGCUGCCUGUGUUCAGCAAGCACCUUCCGCAAUGAAGCUUCCGCAGCGUAUCAGCUGCAAGCAAUACGGCAAUACUCAUGCAUGAAUUUGCAGGAAUGCAGUAUGAGUCUUCAACCAUGCCAAAGCUCAUGUUCAUCGAACAUGGCUGAUGCUGCGGCAGCCGCGCCCACUGCAUCAGCGCCCGGCGCUGCGACACCCGCUGCAGCUGCGCCUGCUGCCUCCGCAGUUCCUGCUGCAGCAGCCCCUACAGCCUCAGCUCCGGCAAGCACAGGUCAGCCUGCUGUUGGACAGGCCCAAGUUCUCCCAGGACAGCAGCCUUACGUGGCCCAGCCUGGCAUGAAUAUGUACGGCCAGCAAAACUACAUGGGAGGGGGCUACAUGGGUCAGGGUCAAUUCGGACAGCCUGGGUACCCCGGGCAGAUGGGCAUGCCCGGGCAGCCAGGCUACCCGGGACAGCCAGGUAUGCCUGGCCAACCAGGCAUGCCACCACAAGACAUGCAGCCUCAGUUCAACUUCCGCACCACAGUGCGAUGCUUCAUGGAGAUCGCCGCCAUUAUCCAAGGCUUCUCCCUAAUUCUGAUGAUGGGGAACGGGUGGGUCCAGGAGAUGGGCUCCAACGAGGAGCAGCCCCUUAGGCGCUUUGCCGUGUGGAUAGGCAGCUCUCUGCGUGGGAUCUUCUCCUCCUUGCUGCCCUUUCUGGCCAGUCGCAAGAACCGCUCCCUGGACGAAAUCUGGGAGAUGGAGACGACUCCCAAACGGCCGACCAGAUGGUGGGUAGUUCUGGGUUGGAUCUACUUCGCUGCCUCCUUCCUUCAGGAAUGA